AUCCUGGAACGCCGCCGACCUUCGCGCCUAUAAAACACCUCCAUUGCAGGGUCUUCCAAUUGCUCGCGGUCUCUCUCUCUCUCUCUCUCUCUGAGGGGCUCUAAUUGUAUCAUUUUGCUCUCUAUCGGAGCGACUACGCGGCCUUUCCACCAGUUCUUGCACCAAUCAAGUUAACUAAUCCAAUAGAUCUGUGAUUUCGGCUAUGGCGGUGCCAUCAUCAAACGGCAACGCGGAGCUGUCAGCGAACGGUUUAGAUCCGGCGGCCGUGGCGUACGAGCCCUUGCCGAAGGUCGCAGCUUCGAACGGUCACCUCGGCAAUGGAGUAGAGAAGAAGCUGAAGGAGAGGGCUAUUGUGCUGGGGAAGAACGCGCGCAGCAUGUGCCUCGACAUCACGGAGCCUGACGCGGACGACGAGUCGACCGGUGAUAAAGAGGCUUUCAUGGCCGGCGUUUUGGUUAAGUACCGGAAGACUCUCACUGAACGCACCAAGCAUCACUUGGGGUACCCAUAUAAUCUGGACUUCGAUUAUGGUGCUCUUUCCCAAUUGCAGCAUUUCUCCAUAAAUAACCUUGGCGACCCAUUUAUUGAAAGCAAUUAUGGUGUUCAUUCAAGACAAUUUGAAGUAGGUGUUUUAGAUUGGUUUGCUCGUCUAUGGGAAAUAGAGAAGAGCCAAUACUGGGGUUACAUUACAAACUGCGGCACAGAAGGCAAUCUUCAUGGAAUCUUAGUUGGAAGAGAAGUAUUUCCGGAUGGAAUUUUGUAUGCAUCACGAGACUCACAUUACUCUGUAUUCAAAGCUGCAAGGAUGUACAGAAUGGAUUGCAUAAAGGUUGGGACCUUGGUGACCGGGGAGAUUGAUUGCACAGAUUUCAAGGCCAAGCUACUUCCGAACAAAGACAAACCUGCCAUCAUCAAUGUGAACAUAGGUACUACUGUCAAAGGAGCAGUUGAUGAUCUUGACCUUGUUAUACGGAUCCUUGAAGAAUGUGGAUUCUCGCAAGAUCGAUUCUACAUCCAUUGUGAUGGAGCUUUAUUUGGGCUCAUGAUGCCAUUUGUUAAACGUGCGCCAAAGGUAACAUUUAAGAAGCCCAUCGGAAGUGUUAGUGUUUCUGGCCACAAGUUUGUAGGAUGUCCAAUGCCUUGUGGUGUCCAGAUAACAAGACUUGAGCACAUCAACACCCUCUCAAGAAAUGUUGAAUACCUUGCUUCAAGGGAUGCCACAAUAAUGGGAAGCCGGAAUGGCCAUGCUCCAAUCUUCCUGUGGUACACCCUGAACAGAAAAGGCUAUAAGGGGUUCCAGAAAGAAGUCCAGAAGUGCCUUAGAAAUGCUCAUUAUCUGAAAGACCGUCUUAGGGAAGCAGGUAUUAGUGCUAUGCUCAAUGACUUGAGCAGCACAGUUGUGUUUGAGCGACCUCUAGAUGAGGAGUUUGUUCGGAAAUGGCAACUUGCUUGCGAGGGAAAUAUGGCCCAUGUUAUUGUGAUGCCAAAUGUUACCAUUGAGAAGCUGGACAAUUUCUUAAAUGAAUUAAUUGAGAAACGCUCAGUCUGGUAUAAGGAUGAGAAAGUUCGGCACCCCUGUCUUGCAGAAGACAUAGGAAGUGAGAACUGUGCCUGCCCUCUUCACAAGUGAUUUGUCAGUGCAAUAAGGUCAUUUGAUCUUGCUGUUGUAUGUUUGUAGCAAACAUUAAAUUACUAUCAAGGCUGAUCUUUUAAGCUUAUCUGUAUUCUUUACCUUGUGAGGAAUGUAGUUUCUAUUUUCAAUUUAGAAUUAGUUUUUUGGUAA